AAAAAACGCUUAUUUUCGAAGCAGCCAUUACUGUAGGUAUGACGGCGACAAAUUAGACCCUAUAAUUUUAGGACUGUAAUUUCGAAGGGUGAACACAUGAAUCUUUAUUUUUUUAGAUAUUAAAAAGGAAAAUCUGAAGUCUUUUGAACUGUGAGUUUGUUGAACUAAAGAGGACUAUAUUUUCUUGGACGUUACGCCCUGGCGGAGGGAUUCAGCUAACUUUUGACAUCAAGGCGUUGCUGCUGCUCGUCACCAUUAACAUCUUUUUCGUCAACUAUUUUCAUUUUUGCUGUUUUUGCUCGGGUUUUUCUUCGGUCUGCGCCCAGAUUUAGAUGGCCAGCUUCCCAGACUCUGUAAAUGAAAAUGAUAUAGGUAAGGCUAAGUUCAUCGGUGAACUCCUGGUCCCUGUUGCUCCAUUCGACCAGAAGUCUGGGCGUGAGGCCUGGACUGUAGCCUUUGCACCCAAUGGUUCCUACUUUGCCUGGUCUCAGGGGCACCGCAUCGUCAGACUCGUUCCGUGGACUAAAUGUCUGACGAGCUUUUCAGUGGGUCAUGGUGGAGAAAGCACCAACCCCUCGAGCCCCCAGCGUUUGUCCCGUCAAAGCAGCGAUGGCAGCCUCACUGCUCCAGGUUCUGGGGAGCCCCGUGAACACACGAUCGACUGCGGUGACAUCGUGUGGGGCUUGGCCUUCGGUUCCUCUGUGCCAGAAAAACAGAGUCGCUGUGUCAACAUCGAAUGGCACCGGUUCAAGUUUGGCCAGGACCAGCUGCUGCUGGCAACGGGUCUGAACAACGGUCGCAUCAAGAUCUGGGAUGUGUACACUGGAAAACUCCUGCUGAAUCUGAUGGACCACACUGAUGUUGUGAGAGAUUUGACCUUUGCUCCCGACGGUAGCCUCAUGUUGGUGUCUGCUUCCAGAGAUAAGACCCUCCGAGUGUGGGACCUCAAGGAUGACGGAAACAUGGUGAAGGUUUUACGAGGACAUCAGAACUGGGUCUACUGCAGCGCCUUCUCCCCCGACUCCUCCGUCUUGUGCUCCGUCGGUGCAGGCAAAGCAGUGUUACUGUGGAACAUGGAUAAGUACACGUUGAUACGGAGGCUGGAGGGACACCACAACGAUGUGGUGUCCUGUGACUUUUCACCAGAUGGGGCGCUGUUGGCCACCGCCUCCUACGACACUCGAGUGAUUGUGUGGGACCACCACAAGGCCACGGUCCUCCUGGAGCUGGGACAUCUCUUCCCCCCUCCUUCACCCAUUUUUGCUGGAGGGGCCAAUGACCGCUGGGUUCGCUCCGUGACUUUCUUCCCUGAUGGACGCCACAUCGCCAGCGUUACCGAUGACAG